AUGAAAGAAAAAGGGAAUGGACCGCCUACACCACCUACCCUAGCAUUGCCGCCACCUCCACCACCUUCACCGCCGCCGCCGCCACCUACCCCGCCAUUACCGCUACCGCCAACGGUGGUCGAGGCGGCGGCAGUGACAGGUUCUGAUCUGUCGCUUCGCCCUCGCCUCCCCUCCUCAGUCCUCAAUCCUCAGUCCUCAGCCCUCUCAUCUUCAGUUCUGUAUCGCCUCUGCCUCAUCAGUCCUCUCAUCUUCUGUAUCGUCCACACACCAUCUCAGUCAGCAACACGGCUUCUCCGAUCAGAACUUGCUCUUAUCUUCUUAGGCCUGAGACGGUUUCUCCGAUCUACACCCAUACACUAUCUCAGUCAGUGA